CAAAUGCUGUGAAGCAUGAUGCAUCCAUACUGCAGGUGGCCUGUUUUUCUCAGAUGUUUGAUAUGUUUGCUCUCUGCUGUCUCUCUCUCUCUCUCUCUCUCUCUAGGGGCAGAGAUUUAGCCUUAUGUGGGCAUGGUCCUGCCACACCUGGUGGAGAUCAUCAAUAGGCCCAACACCCCCAAGACUUUGCUGGAAAACACAGCCAUCACGAUUGGUAGAUUGGGCUACGUCUGUCCCCAGGAAGUGGCACCACAGCUGCAGCAUUUCAUUAGACCAUGGUGCACAUCACUGAGGAAUAUCAGAGAUAAUGAGGAGAAGGACUCGGCCUUCCGGGGAAUCUGUGUAAUGAUUGGUGUAAACCCUGCAGGCGUGGUGCAGGACUUUAUUUUCUUCUGUGAUGCUGUGGCCUCAUGGGUUAGCCCCAAAGAUGACCUGAGAGACAUGUUUUAUAAGAUCCUGCAUGGCUUCAAGGACCAGGUUGGACAAGAGAACUGGCAGCAGUUCUCAGAGCAGUUCCCUCCCCUGUUGAAGGAGCGCCUGUCGGCCUGCUACGGUGUCUAACCCAGCCUCCCCUGGUCCACACAGGACACCGUCCUGUCAGGUUCAUGUAUGGGAGGAUUACUGGGGAACUCAUUGCACUGCCCAUAUCAUGGGGGAGAAACAUGAGCUGGAGGAAGGUCUUGACCCUCCACUCAGCGGAUGGGCCUCUUUCCCCUGCACCCCGUGUGUCUCCGUAAGGGAGGGAGGGUGGGAGGAGGGUGGUGGGUUGUGGUAGGGUAAACUAGGGAAAUGCAUAUACCUCUCAGACUAAAUGCCUCACUGAAUCCAAUAUGCUCAAAAGUGACAUUUGCCAACAGCGCCACAGGGAUUAUUAGGUAGGUGAGGGCAGAACAGGGGCUGGAUUUGGCCUCCCCCUUCUCAAAUUUGAUUAUUCUGUUAAGAUAGAUGAUGGAAAGGAGGGGAGGGGGGGUGGCAGUUAGGUACAUAAUAAGGAAUUAUCUGAACCAACAUGGGGUGCCACAGUCCCAAACACCACAAUGCACAUAGACAGUAGAAAGACUCACAUGUAGCUGUGAUAAACCGGCUUGUGCCAGAGGCUAAACACGACAUGCUUUUACUAUGUAACAAUGCAGGAAAUGUGCACAAAAGGUUUUUGCACCUUUUAUGGCAAACUUUGUGCAUAUACAUGGGUCAUUCUCUUUUCACGUGUACAUUUAGCGUAAUUUAAUUUCCUUCCUUUUCCCUCAGUUGCUGAGUUCUCAUGUAAUCAUAGUUUUUUUUUGUUUGUUUUUUUACCUCAUUCAAUGCAAUAAAGGAUACACUAGGUCUGUCCUCUAAGGUUUUAUCACCGCAGUAUCACAUUAUUGCAUGGCAUAUGAUCACCUCUUAAGUGAAGCGUAUUUGAGUGAUUGUCUUGUUCACUUGGUUUAUUACAUUAAUGUUGUAUGGGGAGGCAGCUGUAAUUUGAAGCUGUCAGCUUUUUUCCCUCCCAUUCGUACCUUUUGUCUUAUCAAUGUCUCUCUGUAGGUCAGUGGAGGCUGUGUGUGAAGACCAACUAUAGGCAGAUUAAUACAGAAAUCAACUUGUAUCUGAAUCACUCAAGAGUUCAAAAAUUGUAAGCAAAGUGGAGAAUCAUUUUUGCUGCUGCUUUAUCUUUAGAAUAUUUACACAACAGACUUAAUGCAAGUAAUAAGACGUCAAGAAUAAAUUGGUUUGUACUGAUAUAAAUGCACUUUUGUAUGAAAUUUAAGAAUUUCAAACAUUAAGACUAAUAUACUGACCUUAACAGUUUUUGUUAAGUGGUUUUAGGACUCUUAAUAGCUUGCUAAAGUAAGCAUACUGAUUAAAUGAUGGUAAUACUUGAGGCCUCAACAUAGUUUUAUAAUGUAAGUCCUUCUAAAAUAGACUGAAUAGGAUUUAAUAGGAGGGGAGACAUUUACAGUAUUUUGGAUCCAUAUCCCAGCGCACCUGUCAAUCCAUAUGUGUGGCGAUGUCUCAGUCUUUUUCAUCAAACUUUAUAGCGGUUUGAGCCAUUAAGGCUUCUCCUUGUCAUAAACAUUGCAUGUUUUUCAGCGAGUCCUGCUCAUUUUUUUGUCAUUUUGUAACCGGUCCCUUUUGAGGGAUUUACCUUAUAAGAGCUUUGUCAGUAGCAACGCAACUCGCUGCUGGACUAAUAAGGUACUCCUCCAGCUUAUGAUCAAACCAGUGAAUGUUGUUGCCAUAUAUUGACCCGCUGAUACUGUGUAGGAUAUGCCUGAGAAUACACUGACUCUGAGUCUUAAUGGUUCUCCCCUUGACACUGGUUAGCUUAUGUGAGAGAGUGGUGGGCUUUAUCUUUGAUUCAUUGUCCACAGUGGACGGUUGUAAUGGAAGCACGUAUGGCUGUUUGCAUGUUGGUGCGUACACAGGUUCUGCUCAGAUGUAACUUUGCACCAGCCUUAUAGUUAUGUCCCUGGCAUAGUUUGAGUAGUGCCUGAGAUGAUGUGGCUACUAGAAUCACCAUUGGCCUCUAAAGAACAUGAGUCAGAUACAUAAGGCGAAGACUAAUAUUAAAGUGUAAACUCUGUUUCUGCCUCGUUUAAAAAAAAAAAAAAAAAAAUUUUUACUGAAUAUUGGCUCACAUUUUGAAUUAUGUAUUUUAGGCCAUAAUGUGAUAUUUACUCAACAAAUGUGAUCUGAAUUUGGUUUGAGAACAGAUGUUGCUGAUGUUGAUGCCGACCACUUUUCUGAGCCUUGUGACAUCAUCUUCAAGUUUAAUUUGUUAGGCGAGCAUUGUGAUAUGAGUUGGUCACUUACUGAUCACAGGCUGGACAGAUAUGCCUGUAGCAGCAACUGGUGAAGCACCUGUUAAAAGUACACUUGAGAGGUGUGCCACUAAGAAUUGGUCAAAAGUCACAUUGUGAUACACUAAGCCAUAUACAGAAGGUACACAUAAAUUAAAGUUGUCCACUUUUUUUAUUUUUAUUUUUUUAAUGCACAUGUGAAUU